AUUUCCUCAAACAGUGUUUCCCUCUGCCAUUGGCCAAUGAUGAUACGAAAAAAAUAAGGUCAUUUUGGACCUAAAAGAUAUUAUUGAGCUAGCUGUUGCACCAGUGCACACAGCACAAUCCAUUGCCUUUCUUGAAGCCACGAUUUGUGAACACAGAUACAGGCUGUAAGAGGUGCAUCCAGACAGGAAGCUGUUGCCGAAACAUCAUUUUGUGGAGCAUUACCCACAGAUGAUCAGGUUUUUUGGUCCGCUAGUUGGUGCUUUAGUCCACCAGUACCCCUUGGCAGAUUACAGGAUUGGAGGCAGACGAAUGGUGACACUAAAAAGAUUCAUACUCAUACAAGAUUGAAGAAUGGAAGCGCACCUGAAAUUGAGAGUCAUUGUGGAAGACGAUGACUUCAGAAGACUUGAUCUCCCUGGAUUGCCAGAAACUCUUAACGAGUUACACAAAACAAUUCGUGAAGCAUUUGUAAUUGAAAGAGACUUUCACAUUCAGUUCAUGGAUCCCGAAUUCAACAAUGAAUUCAUGAACAUUACAACACUGCAGGACAUUCGGGACAGGGGUACAAUCAAGCUGGUGUAUAAGCCAAAUGAUGUGAAUGUGACUCCUUCCUCACUGCUGAGUGCUCCCAGCACUUCAUCGUCACCUGAAACAUCAGUGAGCCUCCAAAGAUCUUCUAGUCUGUCCUCAAUGCAGUCAUCAUCAGCAGACUCGGAUAGCACCAUAAUUCUGCAACAAUCAGACAUUGAACUUAGAGCACGUGCAUGGCCACAGGAAUUCCCUAUUCCUCGCUUUUCAUACAAUGUAGAGGUCCAGCUUCAGCGUGGAAAUGAGAGCUUCAGAGAAACUGGAAAUCUUCUGACUACCACUCCAGGGCUGAAGUCAGACAUCUUAGAGAAACUAGCAGAGGAGAUUUUCCAGUAUACAGCAUAUCCACAAAAUCACCAAAUAGAUGAGGUAGCAGCGGCACUCAUCAAAAAAUUUCCUUGCUUGAAAGAACAGUCUGCCACUGGUUACUAUGCAUGGAUGAUUAGCCUCAAAUACAAAAUGGCUAAUUACAGGACAAAGAUGCGAAAUAUUGGCUGUCCUGAAGUGACUGUGAACGCUUUGAAAAACAAGUCGAGUGAUGAAUGCCUUCCAGCCAAAAAUGUAAAGAAACCCAAAAAGGCCGAAGUCAACUUCUGUCCUUCACACCCUACUGGCGAAACAGAUGACAGCCUAGAAAAUGUGAGACGAGAGCUGUUGAAUGAUGUCAGACAACGAAAUAGUGCACCACGUGUAAGAGAGAAGAUGUCAAAAACAUUCUCCUACAGAAGAAAAGAAGUGGUGCAGGGAAAUCCAGCUGCCUGAGAGUUUAAAGCCAGGUGGCCCGCUCUUUUCCACAUUAAUGAGGUAAAUGCUGAAUUCCAGCGGAUAACAACUGUACCUCUUGAAGCAACAUUUAUGGCGCAGUUGGAUAAGCACUCACCUAAGCUGA